UGAAAGUGGUAAAGUUCUUGCAUGCUCAGAAAAACUAGAGAUUUGUGAAACUUGGAACACUUCAAGCUUUCAAAAGAAUAGGUUGAUGUUAUCCGACAACAUGGGUUCUAAACACAAACAUGUAAAAUUUCAAGAAGAUGCUGAAAACAUGGACAGAAGAAGAAGUAGUAGAAUCGUUGCUUUGGAAGAGAAGAAGCAACUUGAAAAAGAGAGAAAAAUAGCUAUGGCUUUGGAAAAGAAGAACAAAUCAAUCAACAACGAUGCAAAAAACAAAGGAAAAGGAAAAGCAACAAAGGAAAUAUUAGAUGAAUUAAGUGACUUCAAUAAUGAAGAAGGUCCAGCAAAGAAGGCACGCAAGAACAAAGAAUUUUGUGAAUUAAUUUCUUCAAUCACGUCAAUACAGGAAAUAGCAAAACAAUCACAAAAUGCAAGUUCUUCAGGAACAAAUGACUCAUCUUUAAGUGGUGUGCCACUGAAGAACAUUCUUCAGAAAAUUAUCGACUUUCUGCAAAGGAGAGACGUGGAUGAACUAUUUUCUGAACCAGUUAAUCCUAACGUGGUUCAUAACUACUAUGAAAUUGUCAAGCAACCAAUGGAUUUUGCUACCAUGAGGGCCAAACUUCAUGAGGGCAUAUACACAGAACUUGAACAGUUCAAGCGUGAUAUAUUUCUGAUAUGCUCCAAUGCAACUAGUGUUCAUUCUGAAAGAUCAAAAUACCAUGAAGUGGCAGAAGAUAUCAGUAGAUACUCUAAGUGGACUUUUGAGGCUCUGAAUGUUGACUCUCAACAUCUUAAUCCAGAAUUUUCACAAAGCAAGAAACGCCAAAAUAGAAAGGCACAAAAAGGGCAACAAGGAACUCCAAAAAGGGUUGCUCCUAAACAAAGUGGGAGCACAAACUCUCCUGAAACACAGAAAAGAGACUUGUAUUUUCCUCCUAGUAUGCCCUUGUCUUUUGAUGUCCUAGAUGCUAGUAAGAAGGCUAACAUUCAAUUGAAUGAAAGUACAACUAACUACAAAGAAAGCCUUCUGCGGUUUGUGAAGGGCUUGGGACCAGUUGCUGAAAAGGUGGCUGCUAAGAAACUUGCAGCACUUCAGGAACAGCAACUCAACACCAGUGAAAAUGUGUCAGGAACUCAGAGCAUGCACCAGCCAACUCCAAUAGCACCAACAAAUCCAGUCUCUUUCAAUGCUCAGACCCGUCCUCUUCCCUUUCCAUUACUCCAUAAUAGGCCACUCACUAUUCCUGGCUCUGCAGCUCAGCAAAACAGAACUGUCAACACCAAUAAUGUUGGCAGAGUUGGCAUGGGGGAUAGACCUCAUCAGAGAAACAAGAUCGUUACAAAUGAAAAUUGGCAAGCUUGUGCUGCUGCUCUUUUGAGCAACAUCUUUUUUCAGAAAGGGGAAGAAGGAAGCUCCAAUGCAAAUGAAACUAUGGACGCUAGGACCCUUGCAAAGGGAAAAAUGGUUGCCCCAGUUGACAAUGUGUCCUCUCUUCAUAAACCUGUUCAAGAGAAUUAUAACAGACACAGAUUAGGAGUUAACAACAGCAGCAGCAGUAAUAAUACAAUGCAGUGGAAUACCUCCACAAACAUGCCAAACAUGUUUUCUGCAGGAAGCUCAAGGUAUUUGCCUCCCAUUGUUCAUCCAACACUUGUGAUUUCAGGGCCUCAGCUAAGGCCAAUGAGAUCCACAUCAUUGAGCAGUGGGAAUACCCCUUCUGGGUUACCGAUGAUGCAGCAACCAGGGAUACAAAACACCGUGACAUUGCCUACCAAUAACCUCCCUCUGUACCAGUCAAUGCAAGAAAAUCCAACUUCUUGCACAUCAAGCAAAAACAUUACUCAAACAUCUAACCUCCCUCUGUACCAGUCAAUGCAAGAAAAUCCAACUUCUUGCACAUCAAGCAAAAACUUUACUCAAACAUCUAACCUCCCUCUGUACCGGUCAAUGCAAGAAAAUCCAACUUCUUGCACAUCGAGCAAGAACAUUACUCAAACAUCUCAUGUGCACCAGCUAUGGCCAGAUGACAUGAUUAAUCUUGCAGAUCUGCGUCUUAAGCCUCAGCCAGAGGCAAGAGACUCGAUGUAUGGAAGGCCUAGUAACAACCCUGCAGAGGUAUCUCUUAUGCAAGAACCUCAUCAGCCAUGGCCAGCAAAUUCCAUGUCUAGCCUCAAUACCUCAAUGCUUUCUUCUUUGUAUCAACCAAUGCAAGGAGAGUCAGUUCCAUGUAAUAACCUCUCAACAGGGUCAACGGCUUUCCCUUCCCUGGAUGCAAAUUUUUCCAACGACUCAUACAAUUCACUGUAUGAUUUAGGCACCUUACACCAGCCAAUGGGCUUCCAAGCCAUGAUGGACCCUGAAAACUUCAUCGAUGACAUUUGGCCAAUGGAUGCAAGUUAUGAAGAAGUCAUGCACCAAGCUGCAACAUUCACUCCACCAUCAACUCAAGGUUUCCCUGACAUGCAGAUGCAGGCACUUAAUGAAAUGAAUGCUCAAGUACCAGCUCCUCCACAACAACAAAACUCAGCUCCACCUCCACAUAUGGCCUUAGGAGGUGGAAUAAACUUUUGUGGAGGAGGAAAUGCCACCACAGGCCAACCAGAGGAGGCUCCUCCACAGCUUUCUUGGUACCAGGAUCAGCUGCCUAACUUAGAUCUUGAGCUUUAAGAACAAUGCAUCUAUAAUACCGUUCUGUUAAAAGUAUGCAUGCAAGAGUAAAAUUCUUUUUGAACUUUUGUCAAAUAGGUGCUAUAAUUUGCAGCUGAGAUCGUUAAUUUGCCUAUUGAUGAGUUGUAGACAAUUUUAAAUGUUUGAAUUGGAAAAUGUAACUGUUUGUUUGUUGUAUUGUUGAGCUAGUAAAGCAUGCUGCUCUAAAUUUGCUCUCUCAUGACAAA